AGUCUCCCUGGAGAUGUGUUCAUGCCCUGAAAGGGAGGGGCUAAUAACGGAGCAGGGGUGUGGGGAGCAGUUUUAUUCUUGUGUUGCAGGCGUUGACAGGGGGCCCCUUUGCACUCCGUUGCUGCUGCAAUUCCUUCUAGGAUAACUCCAAUCUGUACAUGGUGAUGGAAUACAUCCCAGGCAGGGAGAUGUUCUCUCACCUACGGCGGAUCGGGAGGUUCAGUGAACCUCACACCCGGUUCUACACUGCUCAGAUCGUCCUGACCUUUGAGUAUCUGCACUCGCUGGAUCUCAUCUACCGAGACCUGAAGCCAGAGAAUCUCUUGAUAGACCAGCAGGGCUACAUAGAGGUAACAGAUAUUGGUUUUGCCAAGCGGGUGAAAGGCCGAACCUGGACUCUGUGUGGGACCCCAGAAUACCUGGCCCCCGAGAUCAUCCUCAGCAAGGGUUAUAACAAGGCUGUGGACUGGUGGGCCCUGGGUGUCCUCAUCUACGAGAUGGCGGCUGGUUACCCCCCGUUCUUCGCAGACCAGCCCAUUCAGAUCUACGAGAAGAUUGUUUCUGGCAAGGUCCGGUUCCCGUCUCACUUCAGCUCAGACCUGAAGGACCUGCUCCGGAACCUGCUGCAGGUGGACCUCACCAAACGCUUUGGCAACCUCAAGAACGGGGUCAACGACAUUAAGAACCACAAGUGGUUUGCUACCACCGACUGGAUCGCCGUCCGCCAGAGGAAGGUGGAAGCUCCCUUUAUACCAAAGUGCAAAGGCCCUGGCAACACGAGUAACUUUGACGACUACGAGGAAGAGGAGGUCCGGGUCUCGAUCACUGAGAAAUUCGCCAAGGAGUUUGCUGAGUUCUAGGGCCAGCGGCCCCCCCGCUGGGAGAGCAUGUGCAGAGCAGGUGGGGGCGGGGUUGGAUUUGAUCAGCAGAAAGACCAGAGUUCCUUGCCUGUGUGUUUUAUUUUUGUGGCGGGGGGGUAGGGAGUUGCCUGGAUCUGCUUUGAGGGGGGGGAACAGGAGACCCCUUAUUCUAAACCUGUACUAAGUAAACAAUAGUAGAGAAGCGCAGGAGUCUAAAUUCUCCUAUACGCAUCUCUAAUCCCCCCACUUGCACAUGCUUCCCCCACGGCCGUCACAAGCCUGCAGCCCACCCCAGCAGCUCUCCUCAUCCCCCUCCUCACCUGGGGUUUAAACAGAUUUCCCCACACUUACACACACUCAGCUCCCACUGGUUACUUCCCCCCCACACACACACACACACUGAUCCGGUUACCCCCACACUGCCUCUCAGUCCACACAUGCUGCACCUCCACCAUCCUGGCCGGCUUUAUUGGUGGCUUUUAGUUUUUGAAGAAGGGGGCGGGGGGCGUAUUUUGCCAUCAAAUUCCCCCCAAAUCUUCAUGGCUAUUUGCAAAGGCUUCUGGGAGCAGGGUAUGGAGCAAAGAUGCCCCAACAUCCAACGACAUGGCAGAUCAAUAUCCUGGCAUCCAGAAUAGCUUUGAAUUCCCCUUCCCCCCCCACCCCCCAACCGGGGAGACAAAAUCCUAGCCCCCUGCCCACCAUUCUGGAAAGAGGAAGAAGGAGGGAAAUCUUGUCUCAUUUUAUAAACUUGGGGGUGGGGCUCCCUUUUUUAAAAAUUAAAAAUAAAUAAGUAAAAUAAAGUUUAUUUUCUGUUAGGGAACGCGGAGGGGGAGUGGUAAGAGGUUUUAAAGAUCCAGGCGUGGGGCUGGGCUGAGCUAACUUGCCCUACAUCAGUCCCCGCCAUCCCCAGUGACACCUCCCUUCCCCUCCUCCACGGUGCCAGGAAUUUUAACUCUCCAAGCUUUGAAUGUGUCCAGGUUUUAGCAAGGAAAAAAAGAACUGUUUUUUUCAGGUAGAAACUGACAGUAUUUCCCCACCUCCACGGUUCUCUGCGGG